UCAACCUGUCUCACGCCUCUCUGUUCCUCCUUCAACUCCAGAACCUACGUCCGCGCUCCUGUUAGUCACAUCUAUCCUCAUGGACAGGUUAACACGCAUGCUAGCCGCCGCCCAAGGCAUGGGCGGCAUGGGAGGCGGGCCUGCUCAAGACACAAACCUCAUCGACAACUCCGAAACCGUCUACAUAUCCUCUCUCGCACUUCUAAAGAUGCUAAGACAUGGUCGUGCUGGUGUUCCCAUGGAAGUGAUGGGACUGAUGCUUGGAGAGUUUGUUGAUGACUAUACCGUCCGAGUGGUGGACGUCUUUGCGAUGCCUCAAAGUGGUACAGGAGUUAGUGUAGAGGCUGUAGAUCCGGUGUUCCAAACGAAGAUGAUGGAAAUGCUCAGGCAGACAGGUCGACCGGAGACUGUUGUCGGCUGGUACCACUCACAUCCUGGUUUCGGCUGCUGGCUAUCAUCCGUCGAUAUUAAUACCCAACAGUCGUUUGAGCAACUGACUCCCCGAGCGGUCGCCGUCGUUGUCGAUCCCAUCCAAUCUGUAAAGGGCAAGGUCGUCAUUGAUGCCUUCCGUCUCAUCAACCCGCAGACUCUAAUGAUGGGUCACGAGCCCAGACAAACGACGUCGAACUUGGGCCAUCUGAACAAACCUUCCAUUCAAGCGCUUAUUCAUGGCCUUAACAGGCACUACUAUAGCAUCGGUAUCAACUACAGGAAGACUGGACUAGAGGAGAACAUGCUCAUGAAUCUUCAUAAGCACGUCUGGACGGAGGCCUUACAGAUGGCCGAUUUCAGGACAGAGGGGAAGAGAAAUCAAGACAAACUACAACGUCUAGUUGGACUGGCGGAAGGCUAUGAGAAGCGUGUCAAGGAAGAGACUGAGCUAACGAAAGACCAACUGAAGACAAGAUAUGUUGGCAAGGUGGAUCCCAAGAAGCAUCUCGAAGACGUCGGACAGCAGCUCAUUGAGGACAACAUCGUGUCUGUCUCGCGCCAAAUGAUUGACAAGGAAGCCUCCGUACCAAACAAGCUGAACCGGACCGCAAACGGAUCAAAGGCAAACGCAGAUGCAGACAGCGAGAUGGAGGAAGACUGAGCACCAUCGACGUCUGUCAUGAGGAUUAUGAUUAUGGGUUUGGCGAGGAUAGGACCAUGUGCUAUACCACUGCCCGCUCCGGACGUGAUCUUGGGCAUGCAUGGAGCGGUUGAUACAUAUACUGGAAGGUAUUCGCAUCCAAUCGGUGCGUAGACAACAGAAUCGGACCUUAAUGAAACGCAUCGAGUCAGGUUGAUGAUGACAAUUCACGAGUUACUCCGCUACAUUUAGCUUGGACUGUCCUUCCAUCUUCCACGGUCUCCUCUCAAACCCAUGGCCCUUCUUCACCCGUCGUCCUCGUCUGUAAUGCAGCGUUCGCAACAAUGCCGCAAAGAUACCUCCUCAAAAACCUGUUCUUGUUCCUCCGUUAUUUCACUAAAUCCCAACACUACAUCGCCCAAGUACCAUCAGCACUCUUAUACCCUCGUGCUUCCAACCGUUUGCGCAACUUCUCCA